AUGUCUGCGUCAAUUAGAUCCUUGCUUGCACAGGAAAAAGGCCGAAUCCGCCUGCUGGAAGCCCAUGAUGAACUCUCCAGAGAAAUUGUUCGCAAUGGUAUCGGCGAUGACGGCCAGACAUUUCAUGGUACAUGGAUUAGCGGUCUCACCCAGACCACCUAUCUCGGGAUCCCUGAUACUGAAUUGAUUUCUCCUCUGGAGCGGGCUGCUUUGAUCACACGCACUCAGAGCCCACCUACAAACACUCGUCCAUUGUGCACUGUAUAUGAUGCGGACAGUGGUGGCAAGCGCGACGACAUCCCAGCCUUGGUAGAAUCUUUGGCCAAACAAGGAGUCUCCAUGAUCAUUAUUGAAGACAAGGCAGCCUUUGAACCGGGCAAAAAAGUGAACUCGCUCAAAGAGACGUCCGGAUUGCAAGCCCAGGCCGACAUGUAUGAGUUCGCUCAGACCAUCCGGGCUUUCUCUACCGCGGCGGCAAACUUCGACAUGAUGAUCACGGCCCGAAUUGAGACUUUCACUGUACGUACUAUCAAAGAUGAUGAGGCCGAGGAGAAAGAGUCGUUGAAAGAGGCACUUCGUGAUGCUCUUCGACGAGCUGCGGUCUACCGAAGUGCCAGGGCCGAUGCAAUCAUGAUCCAUAGUAAAAGUCCCUCUCCGGACGAGGUUCUGUCCUUCUUAGCAGGAUAUCGUGCCAACGACCCCAUCACCCCAUUAGUAAUUGUUCCGACCACUUAUGCCAAAACAAGUGAGGAUGCCUUUUAUAAUGCGGGUGCAAAUGUUAUCAUCUAUGCGAAUCAUCUCAUGCGAGCAAAGAUCAGCGCAGUCAGCAAAUUCUCCGAGCAGUUCUUAGCUGAGAGACCGGCUCUGUUCGCACAGGACAAGGAUCUAAACAAUUGCGUCCAGGUGCAGAAUUAUGGCUGCCUGUUGCAACGGUUGCUUGGCAAGAAGAAUCUCGACGAGGCUGUCAAAUGGUAUCGGAUUCUAGCAGAAGCAUAUGCAAUUGAAAACAUGGCCCGCGUCGUCAAGUGCCUGCUUAACGGCAAGCGAUGCAGCGAGGCCGAUAAUGCCAUAGUGGAAUCAUAUCGAGGAAUCUGGAAUUUGCUGAAGAUGCUUUUAGCAGGACUCCCUAAUGAAAUUGAAUAA